GCAGCAACGGAAAUUAGAGUUCGUUAACAGUUGAAUUCCUCCUUCCCUCGUUUUCGUCAUCGUCGUCGUCCGUCGCUGGAGGUGGCUGUCUCCGCCAUAUAUUCCGUGCAAUAAAAUGGCUUACCGGAGGAGGCAGGGAAUCUCCAGAGCUUCUACCUUCAAAGAAGAAUUUCAUCCUUCUCCCAACGAUCCUGUCCUCAAUGCUUCUCCUCUCUUGACUCCUUCUUAUUCUUUUUCUCCCUCUUCUUCUUCCCCUUCCUCUCUCGCUGCUCAGGCCAUCAAAGCUUCGGCCUCUCGUCGAGAUCCUGCUCUUUCCUUCGCUUACACCGACUCCGCUUUUGCCUCUGAUCAUCUCAGAUCCAAGGGCUUUGACGCAAAUGAGGAUCCCUCAGGCAGGGGCGACCCCAAGUCAGGAUUCUGGGGAGCUCUGGCACAGAAAGCCAAAUCUAUUCUUGAUGAAGAUAAUUUAAUCUCGCAAAAUGAAAUGCGCGACAGACUUAGAUCGCAGUCAUUUCAUAGCUCUAAUGGUGGCCAGUUCAACUUCAAACAAUCACAUCAAACACCCGAUGGUCUUCUGAAAAUGGAUAAUCCUAGACUACGGAAAGGCUUGGAUGCUAUUACCUCUUCCCUUAAUCACCUAGGAGACACCUUUGAGAAAGCUUUUGAGGAAGGUCGAACGAUUGUGGAAACCAAAACUGCAGACCUGAGGACUCAAAUGAGGCGAAAAGGAAGCAAUCCCGGGGACCCAAAUCAAGCUUCUGGUAUGACCAGCAGUGCAUUGAAGCAACCACCCCUAACAGAGAAUCUAACAGAUCAUGAAACACAACUCAAGGCAUCCCGCGACGUUGCAAUGGCAACAGCUGCCAAAGCAAAAUUACUUCUUCGUGAGCUAAAAACUGUUAAAGCAGACUUAGCAUUUGCCAAAGCGCGUUGUGCUCAACUAGAAGAAGAAAAUAAGUUACUCCGGGACCGGGAAGGUCGUGAGAAGGGACAUGACCGUGCGGAUGAUGAGCUGAUACGGGAACAACUUGAGACACUUCUAGCUGAGAAGGCUCGUCUGGCCAAUGAGAAUGAGACAUAUGCCCGAGAGAACAGAUUCCUGAGGGAAAUAGUGGAAUACCACCAACUAACAAUGCAGGAUGUGGUGUAUGUGGAUGAGGGCAUGGAAGAAGUGACAGAAGUUUUCCCUAUCAACAGCGAUGGAAUCCCUCGAGUGUUGUCCCUCUCCUCACUCUCUUCAUUGGCUGAGGCAAAUGCACCAGCCACAAAGGAAGUAGUACCAGUGCAUCCAGAGAAAAUGAAUACGUCAGGGGCUGACUGCGAGGCUCCUCCAAGGCAUCUCAGUAUCUGAAGAUGACCCGCCAAAACGAUUCCCUCUAUAGCUUAGAUGGGUUGGUUAUGGAAGACAUGCGUGAGGAGAUUUUCACUUGUAGCCAGUGCUGUGAAACUAAGAUUGGGGAUGGAGGGUGUUUCGGGUGAGUGCUUGAGCAUAUACAUAUUUGUUAUUCUUUUUUAAUUUUUAUGUUUUUGUAUGUAUCUUUUUUUCAUCGGGCUUGGGUUGAUUUUGUCAAUAUUUUUUUUAAACAAUUUUUGCCCAAAUCUUAUCUGUUCAGCUGACGUGUGUGACAGCUUUUGGGAUUUGAAUGGAUCCGUGUAAUAUAAACUUCAUUAAAAGAGUGAAGUUAAAGCUUGUUUUUUCUUCA